AUGCAGAUAGGUCAAGUUCAGAAGGUGGAGAAGGUUCUUAUUCCCUCUGAUUGGCAUGCUAUGGUGAAUUUGAGAAAUGAGCUUGUUGAUGGGGUACGUGGGGAGCUGCGACGAAUGACUGUUGCUGGAGUAGUGUUUAUCGUUAUAACAAAUUUGGUGACAGAGCUUGUUCUGCUCUCUCGGUGCUAUCUGGUAUGGGGAUCGAGACGAAGAUUCGUUGUCGUUCCGGGGGUUUUCUCUCUGACAGCAACCGUGUUUGGCAUCUGGAACGCAAUAACACUCUCUCGCAUCCAUGGUCUGUUCGUGUUUACUCCCAUUAUCGGAAGCGGAGGACCAAAACUAUCUCAAUUCGUUAUAUUCGUGUUUGCCGCACUGUUUUCGAACCUACUUCUCGGGUUGAUGAUAGCUGGUCGGUUAAUCUAUAUCACCCGAUGUGCGAACAGACAUAUGGCGUUGGACGGGAAGGGGGGAAAGGGCAUGUACUACAGCGCUGCUGCUACUGCCCUUAUAAUUAUGUGCGUUCCGGUUAUAUUCAUCCACCAUCUUCCGAACCCUUACACAAACCUUGUGAUCUCGAUCUCCUGGUCCUGUAAACUUACUAUUAUUAGCCUCGAAUCAGGACUUCUAUACCAUCUCGUUCUUCUCAUUUACACAAUCAUUGUAGCGAUAGGCAUCACCAACAGCGAUAGCCCGAGUGUCUAUUGGCACCCAACGAAAGCGUUCGUAACGGCCCAUGCGGUGUUUUAUUACUCCAUGAUACAGAUCGCUGGGAUCGUACCGACAUUGAUUAUCGUCCGGUUUGGGCUAGGGGUUACCGUUGGAGAUAAGGAUAGGGAUGUUCAAGUUCAAGCUGGUUAUGAUGAUGUUCCUGUACGAGAUCUUCAAACUGUGUUCGCGAAGAGUCCGUCGGGAUAUCUAGAUGUGGAGAAGGUUGAACAGAGGAGUAGUUUGGAGUCGGUUGGGUUUGAGGUUCCCAGAGAGAGCGGGUUGGAGGCUACGGUGGGGUAUGCUCCAGUACACACGUAG